AUGGCAGCUGGGGCAGUUCUCGGGAAGUUUUCGAGGGCCUUGUUGAAGCUGACAGACACCUGCAAUUCCUUCACAGUGUCAGGGUCCUCUCAAAGUGAAUACCAUCCUUUCUGUGUUGGAGGUAGUCAGGUUGGUCUGAUUCCUCGGAAUGUUUGGAAACACCUCAUCGAUUAUCCAGAUGUAUUUACUGUGUCGGGAUCUGAAGAAUCAGGAAGUAGUCUGGCCAUAAAAGACAUUUAUAAGACGGUAAAUGAAAGGACAGAUGCUGUCGCUACCGUGUUAGCGGACCUACGUCAAAAAGAUGUUUUUGUAUGUCUGAAAGGAUGGAGGGAUGAGUUAUAUGAUGUUAGAACAACAUUUGCUGAAGCCCCAUUAUUGGCCAUAGAGCGUUCUAGUACUGGACUAUUUGGAACUGUACAAUAUGGUGUCCAUAUCAACGGUUAUUGUCGUAAAAAUGACCAGCUAAUGAUGUGGAUAGCUCGGAGGUCAAAGACAAAGCAAACCUAUCCAGGUCUUCUCGAUAAUAUGUGUGCUGGAGGUCUGAGUUCUGGGUUGGGUGUACGUGAAUGUGCUAUUAAGGAGUGCGAAGAAGAAGCUUCAGUACCUAUGGAGUUGUUUAGUGGACUCAACCAGACUGGCUGUAUAAGCUACAUCUAUGAGGAUGAACGUGGUUUUUUCCCAGAGUGUGAGUAUACAUUUGACAUGCUGUUACCAGAUACCUUUACACCUGUCAACUCUGACGGAGAAGUCAGCCAUUUUGAAUUGAUGUCCAUGGAAAAGGUAAAAGAAAUGAUAAUUGGUGAAGAGUUCAAACCCAAUAGUGCAUUAGUCAUUGUCGAUUUCCUGAUCCGUCACGGCCUGAUCACAACAGAUAACGAGCCAAACUUGUGUCAUCUAAUAGAGAUGAUGCAUGUCCCUCUGCAGAAGUUCUACAAGACAGGAAGUGUGUUCUAGCUGUUUACUGCACAGGAAGUAUGGAUCUAGCUGUUGACUGCACAGGAAGUAUCACUAUGGAUCUAGCUGUUGACAGCACAGGAAGUAUGGAUCUAGCUGUUGACUGCACAGGAAGUGUGGGAUCUAGCUAUUUACUGUACAUGAGGCUCAUUUUCAAAAUCCAAAGAUCAACAUAUGCUAUCCUUUCUUUUAUUAUUCUUUGAUUUUCUUAAUUCUGAAUCCAACCAAUCAAUCUAGACACUGACUGACUCCUUACCUAAUUGUACUGUGCUAUCAUACCAAUAUGAGGUACUGAAUGAUCAAAGCAAGCCUGUGAUCUGUUUAACAUUCAUCGGGGCAUUAAAGGUCUGUAAUGGUCAUAUUUGUUGAAAUUUGCAAUCAAUAAAAAAUAUCAACAAUAUA